UCUGUUGUUCCUGGACACUAGAGUGUCAAAGAAACCAUGGACGGUUCAAAGACACGUUACCGGUUACUCUCAUUAGACGCAUUUUUUUCCGGUGUUUCCCGCUUAAUUUUCUCUAUUGAACUAUUGUUGAUCGUCGAUCUCAAUUCAAUUCGAAGCCAUCUAAGAAAAGCUUCAUGUCUCUUCCGGUGCUUUCUCUCUUUCUUUCUCGCUCUCUCCAUAUCUCUGAUCUCUGAUGAAUCUGAAAGAGAACACAUAGGCUCACAGUGUCUCGUCUGAAAACGGAGAAGAGUUUACUGAAAGUAUAAUAGGUAGAGGGGGUGAGCGGAGAGGCUCAGCGUAGAUGUCGUCGCCGUCGCUGUCCAAAAUGGCAGCCGGUGAAGGCUCUGAUAAGGAAGAAUUGGAGUACAGCUUGGAAGAGAAAGGGAGGUUCGAGUACUCUGGUUGGGUCUAUCAUCUCGGCGCCAAUUCCAUCGGCCAUGAUUAUUGCCAUCUCCGCUUCUUGCUCUUGAGGGACCAAUACGUCCAGAUGUACAAGCGAGAUCCUAAUGAGAAUCCUGGCAUUAAACCAAUUAGGAAGGGUGUCAUCGGGCACACUCUUAUGGUGGCGGAACUAGGAUGUAGGAGGGUGAAUCAGAGGGAUGUUUAUGUUCUAAGAUUUUACAACAGGCUGGAUGAGACAAAAAAAGGAGAAAUUGCUUGUGCUACGGCUGGAGAAGCUCGGAAAUGGAUGGAGGCAUUUGAUCAGGCCAAACAAAAAGCAGAAUACAAGCUUUCAAAAGGAUGUAGCACAAGACGGAAACUUAGCAUGGAGAACAUUCAUGAGCUCAAUCUUGAACAUCAGCCACGGGUAAGGCGGUACGCACAUGGUUUGAGAAAUCUUAUAAGAAUUGGAAAAGGUCCAGAAACACUCAUACAUCAAUCCUUAGGUUUGGGGGAUUUCAUGUCAGAAAGAUAUUUUGAAUGUGAUGCUGGGGAUGCAAUUGAACCACAUGAAUGGAAAUGUGUCCGUACAAUCAAUGGAAUUAGGAUAUUUGAAGAUGUGGCCGACUCCAAGGGAAACAAUGGAGAUUUUCAUUUUUUGCUUAACAAAGAAGUAUCUAAGGGUGGUUAUUGCUUCAUCUACACAAUAAAGACAUCUUGGACCAAAAAGAGCGGCAAAGGUGUCCUUGUGAAGGCUGUUAGUGUUGUUGAUGCAAGUGCUGAUACGGUCUUCAAAGUAUUCCUAAGCCCCGACAGACAUUGGAGAUAUGAGUGGGAUAUGUUGAUUACUGACUUAGAACAAAUAGAUUCCGUAAAUGAGCACUAUGAUGUUGCCUAUGGUACAUAUGACCCUAACCACCUGACUCGAUGCUGUGGUCUCUCUAGGUGGCAAACCAAAAGGGACUUUGUCUUCUCUAGGCAGUGGUUUUGUGGACAAGAUGGAUCAUAUAGUAAGUAUCCUCAUUGAAAAUUCAAAAUUUGUUUAGUGUUAUGUUGAUGAUGUUUAUAGUGAUAUGUUGUUCCUUUUCCUAUUGUGCAUACUGAUGUUUGAGACCCUCUCCUACUACUUUAUUUGGGCUAUUGCUACGUUGUUUAAUUUGUUGAUGAUUUUUCACGUACUACUUCGACUAUUCUAGUGAAACAUAAGAGUGAUGUUUAUGAUGCCUUCAAAAUUUUUUAUUAGCUGGUUUGUACUCAGUUUGAAACCAAAAUUAAAUCUGUUCAUUCUGAUAAUGAGAAGUUCCAAGAUGACUUUGAUCACUACCCCAGGGAAGUCUCAGUAAUUUCUGACAUAAUACCGAGAGAAGAAACACACAAGUAGGGGAAUGGAGAAAUACCUCACAAAUAGUGCAUGGACAAAGGCUGUGAGUGGCUAAACAAGCCAGCGAGGAGGGAAAUACCAUAGAUACACGGCAAAGAGUCCCAAACAAUCGUAGGCGACAUGGGCAGCGGCCUAGCGAAGGGCGAAAAGGCCAAUAGAGGCCUAGUGGAAUCGGCAUGGCGAAUGAGGCCUUAAAAGGUACAACUAGGCAGCGGGGGGCGUGGCGGUGUUGUGAUCCAAACGAUUUCACUUUUGGUCGUCAUGGAGGUGAUGAGUUGCAGUGGUUAA